AUGGCCCAGCCGUUUGUGCUGGACGUGCCCACCGUCAGCUGCCUCGUCAUGGCCUUCCUCCCGAUGCUGAUCGCCUACAUCAUGGGCCGCCGGCUCAUCCCGGCGCACCAAGACCUGGCCAGCCUGCUCUUCUUCUGGCACGCGUACGACGCGCUCACGCACUUCCUGAUCGAGGGCUCCUUCCUGUACCACUGCUUCUUCAGCUCCAUCACCAUCUCCGCCACCCAGUCCCGCUUCGGCCCCGUGUUCCUGAACCAGCGCGACCGCGCCUACGGCGCCACCUACGGGGCCUCGUGGGACCCCACCGCCCGCCUGUGGCAGGAGUACGCCAAGGCCGACCACCGCUGGGGCGGCGCCGACCCCACCGUCAUCUCCAUCGAGCUGCUGACCGUCCUGCUCGGGGGCCCCGCCGCCGCCUACAUCUGCUACAGCCUGUACCGGCUGUCGCACGGGCGGCUGGGCAGCAAGCAGCGCGGCGUGGUCGUGGCCCGGACCUGGCUGGUGGCCGCCUGUCUGGCCACCGCCGAGCUGUACGGCGGCUUCAUGACCUUCGUGCCGGAGUGGUUGGCCGGCAGCCCCGCGCUGAACACGAGCCACUGGAUGUACGUGUAUGUCUACCUGACGUUCUUCAACGGGCUGUGGGUCAUCGUGCCCGUCUGGGUCAUCUGGCGCGCGCAGAAGGAGAUCGUCCGCGCCUUUGUCGAAAGCCCUUCGUCUGGACCAAUAUGA